GUGUAUAUAAAUUUUUAUAUACUAUUAAAAGGAAAUUUAUAGAUAUUCUAGAAAUAUAACAAAAAAAAAAUGAUUUCUCGCAAUUAGCAUCGAAAUAUGUUUUCAUGACGUCACGACAGGCAAGCACCAUACAAUGAACACCGGUCCUCUUAAUUAACAUAGUUCGUCGUAUUUUCCCCUUUGACUGUGGUGCUUGCAGGAAGGUUGCUAGUUCUACGCACAUCUGUACCGUUUCUGUCAACGAAAUUCCACUGAUAAGAAUAUCAGAUGAAAUUGGCUGUAAGGAAUAUUUUAUCCCAGAUCAUCAAUAUUUACUAUCUUUAAAAGAUCAGAGGAAGAAUUUCUGACAUAUUUCUUCUGAGUCAGGUUAUCAGCAAUGUUUGUCUACAUAGCUGUCUUGAAUGAUGAGUAUGUAUUUUAAUUAAACUUGGACAUAUUGACAAAGGAUUUUUCAACUGUCAACAGGUAUCAACAAAGAUCACAUGUUGAUAGAAAUUUAACAGCUGAUAUAUUUGACAGGAAUAAACUAUAAAAACAAAAUCAAGAAAUAUAUCCAUAUAUUCAGGUCCGUAAAGAAAGAACAUACAAUGAAAUAUGUGUAAACCUUAAAGAAUUGAUUUGUUUUUUGCUUGAAGAAAUGCCAAAAGAUUUAAAAGAAUCAUUAUACCCCUGUAAUAUUUGUGGUAAAUUUUUCUCUCAUAAAGGUAAUCUCAGUAAACACAAACGUAUUCAUACAGGGGAGAAGCCCUAUCAAUGUGACGUCUGUGGUAAAUCAUUCCCUCAAAAUGAUCACUUAAUUACUCACAGACGUAUUCAUACAGGAGAAAAACCAUAUCACUGUGAGAUCUGUGGUAAAGCAUUCUCUGCAAGAAGCAGUUUAAUUAGUCACAUACAUAUUCAUACAGGAGAACACCCAUAUCACUGUGAUAUCUGUGGUAAAACAUUUUCUUCAAGUAGUAACUCAACUAUACACAAACGCAUUCAUACAGGAGAGAAGCCAUAUCACUGUGAUAUCUGUGAUAAAUCAUUCACUCGAAACGAUCACUUAAUUAAGCACAAACGUGUUCAUACAGGAGAGAAACCUUAUCAGUGUGAUAUCUGUGGUAAAUCAUUUUCUCACAGAAAUUCUUUAGCUACUCACAAGCACAUUCAUACUGGAGAAAAGCCAUAUCACUGUGAUAUGUGCGGUAAAUCAUUCUCUCAUAUAAAUACUUUAACUCUCCACAAGCGUACUCAUACAGGAGAGAAACCAUAUCACUGUGAUAUCUGCGGUAAAUUAUUCUCUGGUAGAAGUCAAUUAACUACUCACAAGCGUACGCAUACAGGAGAUAAGCCAUAUCACUGUGAUAUUUGUGGUAAAUUAUUCUCUAGAAGUGGUGACUUAACUAAACACAAACGUAUUCACACAGGAGAAAAGCCAUAUCAUUGUGAUAUUUGUGGUAAAUCAUUCUCUGAAAGUAGUUAUACAACUACACACAAGCGAAUUCAUACAGGAGAAAAACCAUAUCACUGUGAUAUUUGUGGUAAAUCAUUCUCAGUAAAUGGUGACUUAAUUAGACACAAACGCACUCAUACAGGAGAGAAACCAUAUCCCUGUGAUAUUUGUGGUAAACCAUUCUCUGUAAAUGGUGACUUAACCAGACACAAACGAAUUCAUACAGGUGAGAAACCAUAUAGCUGUGAUAUCUGUGGUAAAUCAUUCUCUUUAAAUGGUGGUUUAACUAAACACAAACGCAUUCAUACAGGAGAGAAACCAUAUCACUGUGAUAUUUGUGGCAAAUCUUUUGCUGAACGCAGUUAUUCAAUUACACACCAGCGCAUUCAUACUGGGGAGAAACCAUAUCGUUGUGAUAUCUGUGGUAAAUCAUUCUCUCGAAGAAUUCGUUUAACUAGACAUCUAUGUUUCAUACUUUACAAACUACUAGGAAAGAGAAUCACAAGAAAAACUGAUUUACCAAAAUACAACCCUAUGAUUAAUGCACUUUCAAAAACUUUAUUUGAAGUCAAAAAUUUAAAGACUACACUGUGUAUUGAAAUCACCAUUUAUAUUUCUAAUAAGAUUACAGUAAAAAAACUGGGUUUCCUUGAUGAGAUGCUGAAAGACAUGAGGAAAACAUCAUUUCCCUGUGAUAUCUGUAAAAGACCAUUCUCUCGAAAAUGUCACCUAACCUCUCACAAACGUAUUCAUACUGGAGAGAAGCCAUAUUACUGUGAUAUCUGUGGUAAAUCAUUUGCUUCAAGUGGCAACUUAACAACUCAUAAGCGGAUUCAUACAGGAGAGAGACCAUAUCAGUGUGAUAUCUGUGGUAAAGCAUUUCCUCAAAGUGACCACUUAACUAAUCACAAACGUUUACACACUGGAGAAAAACCGUAUCACUGUGAUAUUUGUGGUAAAACAUUCUCUGCAAGAAGUAGUUUAACAAAUCACAAACAUAUUCAUACAGGAGAGAACCCGUACCACUGUGAAAUCUGUGGUAAAUCAUUCUCUGCAAGUAGUAACUCAACAAAACACAAACGUAUUCAUACAGGAGAGAAGCCCUAUCCUUGUGAUAUCUGCGGUAAAUCAUUCACUCGAAAUGAUCACUUAACUAAGCACAAACGCAUUCAUACAGGGGAGAAACCAUAUCAUUGUGAUAUCUGUGGCAAGGCAUUCUCUCAGGGAAAUUCCUUAAUUCAUCACAAGCGCAUUCAUACAGGAGAGAAACCAUAUCAUUGUGAAUUGUGUGGUAAAUCAUUCUCUCAUAUAAAUACCUUAACUUUCCACAAACGUACUCAUACAGGAGAGAAACCGUAUGACUGUGAUAUCUGUGGUAAAUCAUUCUCACAAACAAGCAACUUGACUACGCAUAAGCGUAUUCAUACAGGAGAAAGCCCAUAUCAUUGUGAUAACUGUGGUAAAUCAUUCUCUAGAAAUGGUGACUUAACUAAACACAAACGCAUUCAUACCGGAGUGAAGUCAUAUCAGUGUGAUAUCUGUGGCAAGGCAUUCUCUCAAGGAAGUACCUUGAUAACUCACAAGCGUAUUCAUACAGGAGAGAAGCCAUAUCAUUGUAAUAUAUGUGGUAAAUUAUGCUCUGCAAGUAGUGAUUUAAUUACUCACAAGCGGAUUCAUACGGGAGAGAGACCAUAUCAUUGUAACAUAUGUGGUAAAUCAUUCUCUAGAAGUAGUGAUUUGAUUAGACAUAAACGUAUUCAUACAGGAGAGAAGCCCUAUCCUUGUGAUAUAUGUGGAAAAUCAUUUUCAUUGAAUGGGGGCUUAACUAGACAUAAAUUUAUUCAUACAGGAGAAAAGCCAUAUCACUGUGAUAUUUGUGGUACAUCAUUCCUUAAAAAAGGUCAUUUAAAUACUCAUAUACUUAAUCAUGCAGAAAGCUAAUUUACUGAAGCCAAUGCUUAUUCCAGUCUUGAUGUAUAAUGAGACAGAAAAUCACACAUGGAACCAAUGCUAUAUAACUUUAACUACCUGGCUACCUCAGGUGGAGAGAGAUGAUGAUGGGGAUUGGCAGGCAGGAGCCACUCACUGAGGUUACAUGAAGGUGUAUAUAUAGUGAAGUGGACCAGAGAUUGGAGAGGGUAAAUGAAUUCAUGAGAUUGCGAUGGAGGUUGGGGAAUAUGAGUUGGGAGAAGUGGUAUUUAGAGGAUAUGUUGUGGAGAAGAGAUUCAUCAUCAUCAUCAUCAUCAUAUGUCCGUUUUCCAUGCUAGCAUAGUUUGGACAGUUCGACUGGGGUCUGGGAAGCCAGGAGGCUGCACCAGGUCCAGUCUGAUCUGGCAGUGUUUCUACAGCUG